AUUACUGUAAUGAUGUAAAGUAAUUAGCCUCCAACUAAUAAAAAUAAAUGAAAAAAAAAAAACAAGCGCCAAAUGUAUAUUGUCUACAAGUAUUAUCUUUCUUAUACUUUAGUACUUUAUCCUUUAGUAACCAAUUACUUGUAAAAUAUCUCAGGAAUAUGUUGUAACACUAAAUUCAAGAAACUUUGCUGUAAAAGUUACAAGCAAAAGGUGAGCAAUUUAAGUGGUAGAGCUCAAGGGAGCGUGGCCUUGUUUUGUGCUCAGUUUUGUCUAUAAACUAUUUAAUAUUCUCCAUUUAAAAUUAAUUUUAUAAUAAAUUAUUGAACAUUUCUUGUGUAGAUUCUAAUUUUAUUCUGAUUUUUAAAUAGCUUUAAUGAGAUAAUUUGCAUACUGUUAAGGUCAUCUGUUUUAAGUAUACAGUUCAGUGGUUUUAGUAUAUUUGCAGAGUUUUCAAUCACCAUGAUCUAAUUUUAGAUGUUUUAAUUUUUUUAAGCAACUGACAAAUGAACUAUAUUGACUAGAAGUAGAAAGAUUGUUUCUCUAAUUGUAAUUCUGAAGGGUCAAAGGCAGUAGGAGCAUUUGAGGUAGUAGUUUUGUUUUAUAUGUUGAUAGAUACUUAACGGUAGGACAUGGGUUUCUAAAAACUCAGAGAUGAAGUUGCAUUUGUCUCUACUCUUUUUCUCUGCAGUCUUUGCUUGUCUUCAUCCUCUAUGGACCAGUCUUUCAGUACUUUAGGUAUUUGUCUAAGUAUUGCUUUGAGCUUCAUCAUAACUGGUGAAAUACUUGUGUGGGUCUUGUUAUGGCACACAUUUAAGACAUCACUAGAGCAAGGCAGGAACGUGGACGUCGGGUCUCCUCGAAGACACCUCUACUGCAAAGAUGGUCAAUGUCCCUAAAACCCGAAGGACUUUCUGUAAGAAGUGUGGAAAGCAUCAGCUGCACAAAGUGACCCAGUAUAAGAAGGGCAAAGAUUCCCUGUAUGCCCAGGGAAAGAGGCGCUGUGAUCGGAAGCACAGUGGCUGUGGUGGGCAAACCAAGCCAAUUUUCCGGAAGAAGGUGGAAACCACAAAGAAGAUCGUGCUGAGACUUGAAUGUGUUGAGCCCAGCUGCAGAUCCAAGAGGAUGCUGGCCAUUAAGAGGUGCAAGCAUUUUGAACUCCCGAGGAGAUAAGAAGAGAAAGGGCCAAGUGAUCCAGUUCUAAGAUUUGGGAUUCUUUUGUUCUUAUGUUUUGAGAGGAAAAUGUUGAAAUUAUAGAAAAAUUUCCUGAAUGAGAAUAAAUACAGUGAUAUCCUUAAAAAAAAAAAAA